CUCUCUCUCUCUCUCUCUCUCUCUCUCUCUCUCUCUCAGUGUUUGCAGUUUCUGAGCUCUAGGGAUUCAAUUCUGCGCUGUGUUAUCAGCUUGGCCUUAGGGUUAAGGCUGGGCCAUCCAUAAAUUCAUAGACUUUUUCUUGAACAGGUACCUUCUUCCUCUCUUUUUUUUUUGCCGUUUUUCACUCAAAUAAUAUUUAUUUCGCAUUUUGAAACCCUAGUUAUUGUAUGCUAUUUUCCCCAUCUGAGCUUGCGGAGAAACUAGAUUAACAAGGUUCAGCUUGUGAAACCCUAUCUGUGCAAGUUAUUUUGUUGGUUGAUACUUUCUGUAAAUUUAAUGGGUGAACUUACAAAUGGUUCGCGAACUCCAUUGCCUACUGGUAUCAGUGAAGAUAAGGUAGGGAAAGCAGUCGAUUCAUUGCUAAAAUGGGUUAAAUCUAAGGCCAAGCACCAAAAAGCUCAAUUGCUGGAGCACGAUGAGCUAGUUUACCUGGUAUUAAACCUAAAAGCUAUCCCUGCAAAAGGCAGAGUAAACCCAUUCAGGAUCCCGAUUCCCCACCCUGUGUACAACUUCGAUGGUUCCACUGAAAUCUGUCUCAUUAUCGACGAUCGUGAACGAGGCUUGGACCCCAAGUUAGCAAAGAAAAAGAUCAAAGAUGAGAACCUACCCAUCUCCAAAAUCCUCAGGCUUUCGAAGCUCAAAACAAAUUACAAGCCAUUUGAGGCCAGGCGCCAGCUUUGUGGAUCUUUUGAUCUCUUUUUUACGGAUAGAAGGGCUCUUCCUGUUUUGCCAAGGCUUUUGGGGAAGGCAUUCUUUAAGAAGAAGAAGACCCCCAUAUCUGUGGAUUUGACUCAUAAGAAUUGGGGUGAACAAUUGAAACGUGCUUGUGGGUAUGCUUUUCUUUAUCUAAGAACUGGAACUUGUAGCAUUAUAAAAGUGGGGAGAGUUUCUCAGUCUAGAGAUGAGAUAUUAGAAAAUAUAAUGGCUGUUAUCAAGGGUUUGAGUCCAGUUAUUCCUAAUAAAUGGAGCAAUGUUCGAUCUUUGCAUCUCAAAUCUUUGGAGUCUUUGGCUUUGCCUAUUUAUCAGGCAAUUCCUGAAUUGGGUCUCAAAAUUGAGAGCUUAAAGAGGUCAGAACCAGAGAAAUUGGGUGAAAAGUUGGCAGAGAAAGAGGAAAAGAUACAAGAGAUUGGCGAUGUUUCUGAUAAGGAAAAGUUCAAAAGGGGGAGGAUUCAUGAGGUUCGGUACAUGGAUCGCAACCUCGACGAUAUGUAUGCUGACUUAUCUGACGAUGGUGAUGAUGAUGAUGGCGAUGAUAGCCAUGUUAAUGAGGAUGAUGGGUUCCUGGAUGAAAUUGAUAAUGGUGUUGGUAAAAUAGAUAAAUCAGAUAAAAAGAAGAAAAAGAAAGAUAAUGAGAAAAUGGGUGAGAAGAGGAAGAAGGCAAAUGAGAAGGUGGAAAAGAAGAGGAAGAAUUUGGAUGAAGAAAAGGAUGCAAAAUUGUUACAUAGCCUUGACAAGGAGGUGGUUGAAAAAAAGCCGAAGAAAUCAACAAAUAAGAAGAACUUGGAUGAAAUUGAUAAUGGCGUUGGUACAAUAGAUAAAUCAGAAAAUAAGAAGAAGAAGAAAGAAGAUAAUGAGAAAAUGGGUGAGAGGAGGAAGAAGGCAAAUGAGAAGGUGGACAAGAAGAGGAAGAAGUUGGAUGAAGAAAAGGAUGUGGAAUUACUACCUAACCUUGACAAGGAGGUGAAUGAAAAAAAGCUGAAGAAAUCAGCGGAUAAGAAAAAGGCAAAGAAGAAGGAGAAGUUGGAUGAAGACAAGGAUGUGGAAUUUUUACCUAGCAUUGACAAGGAGGUGAAUGAAGAAAAGUUGAAGAAAUCAGGGAAUAAGAAAAAAGCGAAGCACGUGAUGCCAUAGAAGGAUGCGCCUUUGAAACCUAGUUCUAAAAAGGUGGGCCUUGCGAAUGAAUAAGUUUUUGUUUCUUGUGAUGAUGAACAGAAACCAAGUAAAACUAUGGCCUCAGAGGAUAAAAAAGCAAAGAAGAAAAAGCUAGGCACUACCAAGAAGCAAAGGACCCAGUGGUAUCAUCACCGAUUUUGAGCAUCUUCCUUUUUUUUUAAGUUGUUUCUUUUUUUGGCUCAGAUUUUUUAGGAAAAUUUGACUUUUUAUGUCAUAGCAUAUCAAAAAAAAAGGAAAAAAAGGGCUGUUUCCAUUUUAUGGGUUGAAUGUUGUGGGUUGAACUUUACCAUGCUUUCUGAGUUAAGUACUGAAGAGCCGUUAGUUGAACUGAAAUUUUUGGUCCCCUUUGAUGGUCUCUCAUGGACUGAGGAUAUAAUUGAGUUUGCUUGUGGGUUGGACAGAGGCCUUUUAUGCUUCCUUAGUUCCUCGUGGUUUUCUAUUGUUGACUUUCUUUUACACAAUUUGGAUCACACAAAUAAUUUACAGUCA